AUGUCAUUUGGUUUUCACACGAAAGAAGAUGGUAUCUGGCGAAUAGUCAAAGGAGAGCAUAUGUGUUACUAUGAACCUAAUCUUGAUUCUGAUUCUCAUAUCAGUGAUGAAGGAAGACUAUGCCAACAACUUUUUUUUGAGGAACAGGUUCAUUUGCUCGUUGCGCUAAAGGAGCUUUUUGAAUGGCCUUCUUUAUAUCGCCGAGGUAUCGCCGCAGUUCUACGUCUUGAUCAUCUUGCAACUUCUCAGAUUGUGCUACAAGUGGAAUUGGGUUCAACUUCCGGUGGCCGCCCUGCAGUUGCCUCCUAUAACCUCCUAGAAUGCGUUAUACAUCAGAAGAAUGCUGCGCAAGGAAGAGCAUCCAUUGAAGUUCCAGAAAGGAAACUUGUUGUACAAUUAUCGAAUUGUGCACCUCGGAAAUUGAACGUAUUUUUGAAAACACUCCAAGCCAAGCUUGACAUCAUGGCAUCGCAAACUAAACGGGAACUGAAAGGAUACCGC